AUGUCUGACGGCCGACCUAGUGAGGAUAAGGAUCCUAAGGAUCAUAUCCCGCCUUCACCAAUUCUGCAACAAGUUUCGGUUCCAUCCGAAAUCAGAAGUGGGAUGGACCUUGGGACCUCCCAAGUUCCAUCCGCCCGCACAGAAGAGGAAGAAAGUAGCAACUUUAGUUCCAACGAUGCGUUGUCUGCAUUGGCCGGUAUCAUAGAAAAUCUGUCACGACAGCAACAGGCAAGCAUGCAAGCUAAUCGUGAUUUUUUGGCAGAACUAUUCAGCCGGGCAGCGGGCCCUACUAAGCGACCAACGCUUAGCGACAUUUAUAUUGCAUCAUUCGAUCCUGAUGGUGACGUACCAAUACGUGAUUGGUGCGAACACGUAGACAGAGCAAAGAACCAUUGGCAACUGACUGAUUACGAGGUAUGUACCAAGAUAGCAGGUUUGUUGCAGGGUCGUGCUAAAACUCUUGGCGACACAUGGUUAGUGAAGUCCCCAGUGUGGUCUGAUAUGCGAGAAGCUUUAAUUCAAACAUUUGAACCGGAAGCAAGGUAUUCUAACGAUAUAGUAAAAUUACGAAGUUUUAAAUUUGAUAUGGCGAAUCCAGCUGAAUCCAUUACCAAAGCUUGGAAUAUUUGGAAACGUGUUAUCAAUGGAGACAAAGACAAGGAUGCUGUAGAAGCCGUAAUAGGGUGCAUAGACAAUGAGUUCCUGAGGUUGCGUUUACUGUCGAGUAAAUGUUCCUCCGUUCCUGAACUGAUAUCAGUAGCAGCCACCAUCAAACAACGGGAACCUCAACAUGCAGAACCACCUGCUAAAAGACCGAGGCUAAGGAAUAAUAGAAAUGAUACUGCGCUUUGUUUCAAAUGUCGAAAACCUGGUCAUGUCCAAGCAAAAUGUGACAGAGAUAACCACAAGAUUAGCGAUCCUAAGCCACUGCUGGAUACAAUCAACUCAAAUGAAUCCUCAAGCAGAACGGAACGUCCUAAGCCCAAGUGCAAUUAUUGUAAUAAAAUUGGCCACACUGAAUCGGUUUGCUUCAAGAAGAUAGGAGAUGAAGCUGAAAAGGUUAAUUUGGCCAGAGUACAAGAAGAAAUAUUAACACCUAUGACUGUCAAUAUCAAUAACCGCACAUUUACAACAUUUUACGAUAGCGGUGCAGCACGUUCAUUGGUAAGGCGCUCUAUAAGUGAAACCCUUCCUGGGAAACGGGAAGAUUACACGUUAAUGCUUAAGGGUAUUGGUAGUGCAAGUAUUCCGAUUCUGUCGUGCCAAAAAGUCAAUGUGACCUGUGAAAUUAAUGGCACUUUUGUAGAAAUCGCCUUCCACGUCGUAGAAGACCACGAAACUCCUUGCGACCUUCUGAUUGGUGCUGAAAUCGUGAAAGGUACAGGUUUGAGCAUACUCAUUACCGAAACUGACGCUACUGUAAUAAGACGAUCAACCAUUUUCACUACCAAUGUAACCAAGGAAGAGCCUUUCGGAAAUUUGGACACUGAUUUAACCAGUUUGGACGAAGUAACCGAAUUGAAGAAGUUGUUAAUUAAAUAUAAUGAUACUUUUUCCUCUGGUAUUCCAAGGAAGCCAGUGACCACAGGAUGCUUGGAAAUCCAAUUGAAAGAUCCAAACAAAAUCGUAUCAAGAAGACCCUAUCGAAUGGCUCCAAUAUAA